UAGAUGCGUAUAGUCAUCAUUCGUAGUACCAUCGUUAACAGAGAAUACGUCAACCUUAUUUGUAAGGGCUUAAGGUCCAUCUAUGAUCAAUUCCGAGUGUUCAAUUGCCGCAACAUUUAAUUUAUUCUAAUAAAUAUGGCUUGCUAGUGAUAUUCUCGUGGUAUAAGACAUAAUACUUGAUUGUAAUAGUAAUUACAAUAAACAUAUUAUAAUGUUUUUAUUGUAUUUGUGUGUUUGUGUGAGUGUGGCGGUGUGUUAUGAAGUGCCCCCGGCUAAAUUGGAGGCGAUUUAUCCUAAAGGAUUGAGGGUGUCUGUCCCUGAUGAUGGGUUCUCUCUCUUCGCCUUCCACGGCAACCUCAACGAGGAAAUGAAUGGCCUCGAAGGAGGGCAAUGGUCCAGAGACAUCACAAAAGCUAUCAAUGGAAGGUGGACGUUCCGGGACCAAGAGGCGCAGCUGAAAAUCGGGGACAAAAUAUAUUUCUGGACGUAUGUUAUCAAGAAUGGACUGGGGUAUAGGCAGGAUAAUGGGGAGUGGACUGUCACAGAAUACGUAGACGAAGCGAGUAACCCGGUGAACACCGAAACCGAAUACGUACCAACCGGAUUCCCCUGCGCCAUAUCUACCACGGAAGUCUCAAUGCCUGGCUAUGUCUGUAAGGGACAGUUGUUGUUCGAGGACAACUUUAACUCUGGGAUCGCGAAGGGCAAAAUUUGGACGCCGGAAAUCAAAUUUCCUCAAGAACCAGAUUUUCCAUUCAACGUGUACUUGAGCGACCGCAACCUCCGCGUUCAGGAUGGCCGGCUCAUCAUCAAACCUAUCCUGCUGGAGUCCAAAUAUGGAGAAGACUUCGUAAGACAGUCUUUGGACUUGUCAUCUAGAUGUACCGGCCCACUCGGCACGUCGCUAUGUGAGCAAAUAGCCUCUGGACCUCAAAUCCUGCCGCCCAUCAUCACAGCCAAGAUCACCACCAAGAACAAGUUCAACUUCAAAUAUGGCAGGAUCGAAGUCAGCGCCAAAAUGCCUUUGGGGGACUGGUUGUAUCCAGAAAUCCAGCUGGAACCUCGCGACAAAGAAUAUGGCAUAUGGAAGUAUGCCUCAGGUGUUCUUCGCAUCGCGUGUCUGAAGGGCAACAAGCAGUAUUCUAAGCAGCUGUAUGGAGGACCUAUCAUGUGCGAUACGGAACCUUACAGAUCGAUGCAUUUGAAAGAAAAAAUUGGGUUCGACAAUUGGAAUUCAGCUUUUCAUAACUACACAUUAUUAUGGAAACCAACCGGGAUAUCUCUGUACGUGGACGGAGAGGAGUACGGGACAGUCGAGCCGAACUUCUACCAGAGCGCGAAAGAUAAUAACGUUACUGCCGCGUCCAGUUGGCUGAAAGGUUCUGUCAUGGCUCCUUUCGAUAAACUGUUCUACAUAUCCCUCGGUCUGAACGUGGGCGGAAUACGAGAGUUCCCAGACAGCAACAAUAAACCCUGGAAGAAUCUUUCCAACAAGGCUAUGUUGAAUUUCUGGAACAGCCGAGACCAGUGGUACUCCACGUGGUACGACGACACCAGCGCUCUGCAAGUGGACUACGUGCGGGUUUAUGCUUUAUAGAAGAAAGAAAAAUUAAAUAAAGUGUUGCCUUCUUUGACAGUAGUUAAAGCAGCUUUACAAAAAAAUGUCUCCUGAUUUACCCGACUAUGCAUAACAGCCUUUGUUGGAAAACUAAUUCAAUGAGGGCUACCGCGUUUAAUUUCGCCGCUAGGGGCGCUAGUGUUAGUUAGUUAGUUUUGCUGGGCAUUUUCCGCAACUCGACAUCCAAUGUGCCUAUUUUGCGUGAAACGAGGUAGCGCUACUCUAACCACCCCAGCUCCUCCACGAAGCCUAGCAAAGUCUUCAGGUUGCUAGUUGCCUCCUUUAGUGUGCAUGGAUUCCCUAGGUAUUUGAUCCUAUAUACUUCUACCUGUUUACAGUCUAGGAGAAUAUGUUUGUUGUUUCUUCUUCUGCCAUGCACGCUCUGCACAUGGGGCUGUCAUGGGCGCUAGUGUACAUGGAGGUCUUUCAAAAUGUUAAAUGCAUAGAAGUUUUGGGGGUUUCAAGCUUUUUUAACGGGAAUUUUCACUCCUCAUUCAUAAUUGUGGUAAAUCUUUGUCUAUCUUUGAUUAAUCAUGGUAAACAAUAGAUAUAGCUCAAUAAAUGUUAGUAGUUUAAAAAAAGUGCCAACUGAAAUAUAUGCAAAAUUAAACAGGUUGAAGAAAUGGCACAUUUAGACGUUAAAAUACCUUUGUGUAUAUUAGAACGUAUUAAUUUUAUAAAAAUAAGCAUGGAAGAAUUUUGAGAACUGUUUUUCUGGACCUACAUCUACAGUGGCGCCAACUGGUGAGCACAAAAACGAUAUCCCUCAUUAAGUACUGACCGUAUCGUUCAAAAAAUUCUAAAUUUUAACUGUUUUUUUUUUCAAUGGCCGUUUCGGCUGUUAUUGAGUGAUUUUUAUGGGGCAAAAUGGGUUCUACAAGUAUAGAGUGGCGUUGAUGAUCAAUUUGAAAUGUUAGUACUGUUAAAAAAAAUCUAGUACUUAGUUACUUACUCUUGCGGUAGAUGUCGCUAGAAGUUUCUUGAGACGAAUAAAUAAUUAAAGAUAUAGAAAUAUUCGUUGUAGUCGGGUAAAUAUAGUUAGGUGUUCCAUUGUUAAAUUCAAAAAUGAAUACCGUCAACAGGGGUGAAUAGGGAUGGCUGGGGUGAAUAGGGACAAAACUUAAAAUGUGAUUUACCUGAUAUUUCGUUAAUAACUACCCACACAAAAUGUAUCAUACAAAAUCUACGUUUAUAUUCAAUCGCAUGAUACAAUUUGUGUGGGUAUUUUUUAAGAAAUUGUCAAGUAAAUCACAUUUUACUUUUUGUCCCUAUUCACCCCGGUU